AGGCGUUGUGUCGGCACUCGACAGUCGGCAGUUCGGCAGUUUGGUUAUAGGCGACUCGUGCUAGUGUCACAUCCCAUCCAGCCAAGUGUAUCCGAUCGGUGUUUGUUUUCCCAACAACAUAGACACACGCGUUGACUGAGACCCAUCGCCAUUGGUGCUUUCGAAGCUCGUCUUCCGUUUUUCCCUGCUCCUCGUGUUAGCGAUACAAAACAACACAAAAACACACGAUGUCCGCCGCUGACGUUCAAAUCCUCAUGGACAUGGGCUUCAGCAAGGAUCACGUGGAACGAGCCUUGAAUGCGACCGGACACAAGGGCGUCGAGCCCGCGAUGGACUGGCUGCUGUCCCACGGUCCGGAGAUUGAGGAAGAGUCCAGGUCGGCCGUAGCAGCCACUGCCACCUCCGAACCUAGGCUCGACUUAACGGCUGCGACUGGCACCCCGGCGGCGGCAACGGCGACGGUGACCGACAACGGCGGAAGCGAAGAACAGGCCGGCAAACCGGGGGACGACCAGGAGCAGACGGCCAAGUCCAUCAAGUGCGACGUCUGUGGCAAACUCUUCCAGAGCAAUCUCGAGGUGGAGUUCCACGCGACCAAAUCCGGCCACGAUCAGUUCAGCGAGAGCAGCGAGGAGAAGAAGCCCCUCACCGAGGAGCAGAAGCGCCAGCAGCUGCAGCUGAUCGAGGACAAAUUGAAGCAGAAGCGAGCCGAGCGCGAGGAGAAGGAAAAACAGGAGGCACUGGAGCGCGAACGCGACCGCAUCCGCUCGGGCAAGGAGAUGGCCGAGGCCCGGAAAAAGCUCGAGGAGCUCGAGAUGAAGAAGAUCCUGGAGCAGCGGCGCCGCGAGAAGGAGGAGGAUCGCAUGGCGCGCCAGAGGAUUCGCGAACAGAUCGAGGCCGACAGAGCAGCUCGACGAUUGAAGGCACAAGGCAGCAGCGAGGCAGCCGCUCAGGCGCCAGUAGCUCCGGCGCCAGUGGCCAAGCCCCCGCUAGCACAAAACACCAACAACAGCAGCCAAAACUAUACCGAGACGAGGCUCCAGAUAAGACUUACGGACGGCAAGUCGCUCACCCAAAGCUUCGGCUGCAAAGAGCAGCUCGCCGCCGUCCGACUGUACGUCGAGAUGCAUCGCACCGACGGCGCCGAGCCGUUCGACCUCAUGACGACUUUCCCGCGCAAAGUGUUCGCCGAGAACGAGUACGACAUGCCGCUGGACCUGCUCGGCCUGGUGCCCUCGGCCGUCGUUAUUGUACAGAAAAAGAGCGUUGUUUGAAGUUAGAAUUAACAAUAAUACUUUAAGCUCUCUCUCUCUCUCUACCUGUUCACUUAAGUCAAGAUAACAAAAAUUGAAUUUAAGAGAAUAAUUGAGAAAAAGUGAACAUACUGUGUAAUAUGAUUGAUUAGUCGAUAAUGGAUACCAGAUUUUUUGGACAAGGAAUAUAUAUCAAGCUUAAUUUGUUCUAUUUUUACAAAUAAAAACCAAAUCAGUGUCUAUUCAUA